AUGGCGCUGGGUACAGUCAUCCCGGCCGUUGGAGCCGCUGUGCUCGCGUUUCUUCUUUAUGCUGUCAUGUUUAUCGGGCGGCGAGAAAAGGGUCUCCCACCUGGCCCGCCAACAGUGCCGGUCAUUGGUAACCUGCAUCAGAUUCCAACCAAGGGCUCAUACUUAAAGUUCACCGAAUGGUCCAAGACAUACGGAGGACUAUUUUCACUCAAACUGGGCUCCGGCACGGGCAUCGUCUUGACGGACCGACGGCUGGUCAAGCAGCUCGUGGACAAGAAGUCCGGGAUCUACAGCAACCGGCCGCACAGCUAUGUGUCACACAAUCUCAUCACGGGAGGGGAUCACGUCCUGAUCGCACACUACGGGAAGGUGUGGCAGCGGUACCGCAAAGUGAUCCACCAGCAUUUCAUGGAGAGCAUCGUGAUGAAGGACCACCUGCCGCUGCAGCAGGCCGAGGCGUCACAGCUGCUGUACGACUACCUCACUAACCCGGCGGACCACAUGUGGCACCCCAAGCGGUAUACGAACAGUAUUGCCUGCGGGACGAUCUGGGGCGUGCGGUCGCCCACGGCUGACACGAGCCAUAUGAAACGGCUGUAUGAGCUGAUGGAGCACUGGUCGGUGGUAAUGGAGCCUGGUAAUACACCUCCGGUCGACGUGUUCCCGUUCCUGCACUGGAUCCCCGAGAGCGUGUUUGGUAACUGGCGGACACGCGCUAGCGACGUCGGUGACGCCAUGAACAGCUUGUACAACGACAUGUUAACCGGCCUCGAGAAGCGCAGGGAGAAAAUCGGGCCAAAGUUCUCCUUUAUGGAUCGCGUUCUCGACCAGAAGGAAAAGCUCGAGCUGACUCGCCAUCAGCUGUACUUCUUGGGGGGAACCAUGAUGGAGGGGGCGAGCGAUACGAGUUCUAGCAUUAUUUUGGCCGCUGUUCAGGCCUUUGUCAAGUGGCCGGAGGUCAUGCGCAAGGCACAGAAGGAGAUCGAUUCCGUCAUGGGCGAGGAGAGAUCGCCUGUGUGGGACGACUAUGCGCGGCUCCCAUAUAUUGCUGCAACGGUCAAAGAAGCACAUAGAUGGCGGCCUGUGGUACCAUUGGCGUUCCCACAUGCAGUGGAUGAAGAUGACUGGAUUGACGGCUUCAAAAUUCCCAAAGGGAGUGUGAUAUUCAUCAAUGCCUGGGGUAUGCAUCACGAUUCGGAUCGCUUCCCCAACCCGGAUGUCUUUGACCCGGACCAUUAUAAAGGUGUAACCGCCCUUGCCUCUGAGCUAGCGCAAUCAGUCAAUCCCGAUGAUCGCGACCAUUAUGGCUAUGGCGCCGGUCGCCGCCUGUGUCCCGGUAUUCAUCUUGCUGAGCGAAACCUGUUCCUCGCCAUUGCAAAGCUAUUAUGGGCUUUUGACUUCAAACCUGGAAAGGAUGCUCAAGGAAAGGACACCAUCCCAGAUACAAGUCCCACCAGCGGAUACAGUGAGGGCUUUUUGGUAUGUGCCAAGCCGUACGAGCUCGAUGUCAAGGUCAGGAGCGAGAAGAGAAAAGAGACGAUUAUGAAGGAGUACGAAGCGGCAAAGCGGGAUUAUUUCACGGACUUUGAUGUCGAGGCUUAG